CUGUGACGUCAUCGAUAUCAUUCCAUCUCCCGGAUGCGAAUGGAUUCAUUGGAACAGUUUAUGAGCGUUACUAACGCUACCAGAGAAGUGGCGUCUUCUCUGUUAGAGGCGUGUGAUUGGAAUGUCGAUUUAGCCAUAGAGAUGUAUCUUGAAAACUCUAAUGGAGACGAAAUACGCGAAAUAUCAUCCGGUCCUUCAAGCAGGAAGAGAAGACGGAGUGACGACAUGAGAGGAAGAGCAACGAACAGAGACGUGCUUGUUCCUUCUACGAUUCCGUAUGCUGAGGGAGAGGAGCAAGUCAGAGCACCAAUACCUCCGAAACAAGAAGUGCUGGUGCCCUUCAGUGAGCCACCAGGUCAAACACGAAGAAGGAGUGCCAGACUUGGACGGGCAUUGGUUGAUGCAUUCAGAGACUUCAAAGCUGAAACUAGAGCUCAAGCAUCCGGUUCAGUCACUGGCAAGAGAAACACGCUGGAAGAUCUCUUCAGACCACCACUAGAUAUAAUGUUUGGUGGCUCAUUUGAUGAGGCUAAAUCAGUAGGUCAGGUCAACAGUAAGUGGCUGUUGGUUAACAUUCAGCAUACGAAGGAGUUUGCCUGCCAGACACUCAAUCGGGAUGUUUGGAGCAACCCAACAGUUAAGCACAUUCUGAGAGAACAUUUUCUUUUCUGGCAGGUUUACGAAGGUAGUGUUGAGGGAGAGAAAUACAAGCAGUUUUAUCCGUUUGCUGAAUUGCCUCACAUCGCUAUUAUAGACCCCCGAACUGGGGAAAGACUCGUUCAACUGGGGCUUGUUUCAAGUGAUGAGUUUGUAACUAUAGUUUCUGAUUUUAUUGCCGGACAUGACAACCUGCAAGAAAAUCACAUCAAUCAAACGGCAGAGCCAUCUGCCAAGAAACAUAAAUUGUCAAAGAGCAUUGUUGAUGCAUCCGAGGAAUCCCAAGUCAUGGCAGCUAUUGCUGAAUCGCUCGCCGAGACAAACCACAAAAGAAAGAAAUCAAAGGCAAAAGUGAUUAACAUUGAUUCUGACAGUAACAGUGACAGCAGCACAUACUACUCAAUCAGUGGGAGCGAAACAAGUGAUAGUGAUGAUAGUGUUGUUGAGCUGGACAGUAAAAUGAAACAACCACUGAGCGCCAAAAUUAAUGGAGAAAAGCCACUAAGAGGCAAAGGUAAGGGAAAGGCACCUGUUACUCAGUCUAAAGCAACAAGAACUAUAAGUGAGAAAGUAGAACAUGUUGAUAACAAUCGUGAUGUGAAGAAAGAGACUCAUCAUCAUUCACCAUCUGGUGCAUCUUCUAGUGAUGCCACACACACUCAGUUAGUGCAUAAUUACGAGAAAUUAUCUCUGAAGGCAAAGAAGGCAGUAGAUAUAAGCAGAACAAGGGAGCAAGACCUGCAGGAGACAGUCGAUUGUGCAUUGGCAUUACAAGAUGAGAAGGAUGGUGUAGAUGAGAAGGAUGGUGUGGAUGAGAAGGAUAGUGUGGUAAAAGACGGGAAAAGUUGUCAUAUUUUGUUGAGGUUACCUGAUGGCUCACGGAAAGUUGUCUGUCUACCAGCGAGCGUGCAAUUAGCAGCACUUCUAAGAUUGGUUGAAUCACUGGGGCUUAGCAUGAGUGACUACGAACUUAUCACUCAGUUUCCUAGACGAAGUCUCUCUCAAGUGGACUGUACAGUAUCACUGAAAGAUGCCGGUCUCUACCCAAGUGAAACUGUUUUCAUUCACCAAACGCUGUAGUUCACAAGCAGUUAUACAGUAUGGUAUGCUUGGACUACAUGUCAGUCUGCUGGUUGUAUAAAACAUGUUUGUUAAUAAGACUUAAUUAAAUAUGCCUGUUGCCAUUUUUGUUGAUAUUGUGAAUUUCAGUGUUGGCAUCAGCUAGCUAGAUGUAAAUAUGUAUUGCUGAACAAAAACUGCAACAGUGUAACUUAUUUAAUUAAACAUGUUUGACCAUGAC